AUGUUUCCCUCGCGUCCGCGAAUUAUUGCACCCAUAUACCGGCAGGCCCGAAGCUUUUCUACACAACGAUCGACAAUGGCGCCUCUACGAAUAGGCUUCGUCCCAGAGCACUUCUCCACGCCCCUCGAAUUCGCAAAGAAGCACUACGGUCUCGAUGCGCGGCUACUCCCAUACCCCUCUGGCACGGGGCACAUGGUCACAGCGCUUCAAGCUGAUGAGAUAGACGUCGGGGUUGGCCUUACGGAAGGAUGGGUAGCUGCGUUGGGCAAAGCGCAAGAAGCAAAGCAAGACGCGGGGUUCAAACUGGUAGGCACCUACGUGGAGACACCGCUAUGCUGGGCGAUUUCUACUGGAGCCAAGCGCAGCGAGCUGAGCAGUGUCAAAGACCUCCAGGGCAAGAAAGUCGGCGUGUCAAGAAUUGGAAGCGGCAGCUAUGUUAUGAGCUUCGUACUCGCGGACCAGCAAGGCUGGCUUGACCCGCAAGCUUCCGGCCCGCCGUUUCCUGUCGAACCGCUGAAUACAUUUCUGAACCUUCGCGAAGGGGUGAACGAGGGAACUGCGGACUUCUUCAUGUGGGAGCACUUCACUUCGAAGCGGUACUACGAUAACGGCGAGAUCAAGCGCAUUGGCGAGAUUUAUACGCCGUGGUCAUCUUGGAAGAUUGUGGCGAGGAACGAUCUUCUGUACCCGAAGAACUGGUCACAAGGUGAUCAAGCUUCGCAUCCUGUGCUCAAGGAAGAGUUGGAUGAUGCGCUGCAGAAGAUCAAUAAAGGCAUUGAGCACUUCGAGGAAAACCAGGAGGAAGCGGUCGAGUAUAUUAGUACAAAGCUAGACUACUCGGAAGAGGAUGCACGGGAAUGGUUGAAGACGGUACGAUUUCCGCAAGAAGUGAGGGGCGUGGACGACGCGGUCAUACAGAAAACAGUGCGCAUACUUCAGAAGGCCGGCGUGCUUGGUAAUGGAGCGGGCGAGCAGACGAUGAUCGGGCUACAGAGAGAUGGGACGUCGCAUUGA